UGAGAAUAGAAAGUAGAGCAAAGUUUACAUGCUAUGAUUGUCUUGUCCCUGACCAGACAGGCAGGCACGGCCGACCUUUCACCUACUUCCCCUCUCAAGCUAACAGCUGCUGCGUUGCUAAAGACAACAACCGGUUGGCGUUUACAAAAUACAGUGCUGGUGAUAAAGCUUGGGAAGAGCAUUCAGAAAUGUGGAUGAGUACACUUGCACGUUUUGCUCGUCCCGUCUUUCAAAGGAGCCCCUCUCCAGUGGUCUGCAAGGCAAUGAAAGCUUGCCGUAGGAUGGAGCUGCGUGCACCAAGUUUCUGCAUGACUCCAGUACAUAUUCGCAGACAUCAAACCCUUGGUUCUGCCCCCAUGCCUGUGGCUGCUCACUCAAUGAGACAUGUCCGUGCUCUGGAUGAGGAGAGGCUGAUGGCGGUGGAAUGGGAAGACGGAGGCCAAAGCUUGUAUCCAUUCACCUGGCUGAGAGACAACUGCCAGUGUCCGCGCUGCACCCUGCAGUCAGCUGAGGCCCGCUUGCUGUUGAUGGCUGAUCUUGAUAUCCACACAGGAAUGGAUUCUGUGGAGGUUACCAAAGAUGGCAAGGUUUCCAUUGUGUGGCCCGAUCAGCACAUGAGUGUGUUUGAUGCAGAGUGGCUGAAGAAACGCUGUUUUUCUGAUGCUGCCAGACAAGCAAUGCAGGAGGAGCUGUUCCUCAAUGAGCGUUAUUAUUGGGACGCGACGCUGCAUAUUCCCCAAGCUGACUUCCAGGAAGUUCUCCAUGACGACGGGGCUGCGCUCGCCUGGCUCCUGGCCCUACGGCGAGUUGGUAUCGUGCACCUAAAGGGGGCGCCUGCAGAGCAAGGUCAAGUGGCCAGACUGGCUGAGAGGAUUGGAUAUCUCAGGCUGACGUUUUACGGGCAUACAUGGCAGGUCCAGGACAAAUCCAUGGCAAACAAUGUGGCGUACACUUCAGGGAAGCUGAGCCUGCAUACAGACUAUCCAGCUUUACACUUUGCACCUGGGGUGCAGUUCCUGCACUGCAUUAACCAGGCGAAGGAAGGAGGGGAGAGCGAGGCGGUGGACGGCUUCCACAUGGCCGAGCAGCUGCAGCGAGAAGAUCCGGAGGCCUUCCGGACACUCACCUCGCUCCAUGUGGACUUCACCGACACUGGGACGGACUACUGCGACUUCAUGCUGCAGUCCAAGAACCGCAUCAUCGACGUUGACUCUGAGGGAAAAGUCACAAGAAUCAACUACAACAACGCCACCAGAGACUCUGUGCUGGACCUCCCGUUACACCAGGUCCAGCCCUUCUAUAGAGCCCUGAGGGCCUAUGUGGACAUCAUGAACAGGCCGGAAAACGUGGUCACCUACACCAUGAAGCCAGGUGACAUUGUGACCUUUGACAACUGGCGUCUGCUGCACGGCAGGAAGAGCUACAUCAGCAGGCCAGACAGGCUGCGACACUUGGAGGGUGCCUACUUGGACUGGGACGAGGUGAUGUCUCGUCUCCGGAUUGUCCGCAGAAAUGUCCACGGGGACGCGUGGGCGUCGGACAAAAGGUCACAUUUACAUAGAAAGAUUUAAAGCCUCUUCUAGCAUCUGAAAAUUCAAUUAAAACUACACAUUGGUCUUAAAAAGUGCUGACAGAAUCAAUAUGUUAAAAUACUAGAUGGCAAGCUAAAAGCAAAGUAUAUUUAAUAUUCAGAGUUUGAAGCCUGAAACUUGUGCAACACAACAAUGCAACAACAAAUAUGCCUGGUCUAUAGAUUUAAAAGGUGCCUUUGGAGUUUUUUUUUUAAAUUAAACCUAACUAUGCUUCAUAGACUAUCCAGGGUAUUUCACAUAAAAAUAAGCUCUAAUUUAUUAUUUUUAAAUGUUAUUCCCUGUUCUGAUUUGUCAAAAAAGAAAGGUUAUUUUUAAAGAAAUCAUGAUUCCUUGCAUCACAAAGAUAUUUUGACAAAAUGUCCUAAGAUCUGAAGUUAAUUGCAACAAAGUGCAUAUUUUUCUCUUUGUAAACAAGCUGUCAUGUUUCUCGUGCAUCCAUGACUAUAUUCACACAGGUACUUUUUUUUUUUAAAUGGAAAAAUGAAUAUGGCACAUUUUUCUUAUAAGAGCUAAUUUGAAAGAAAUUGGUUUUGGUUUAUUUAUGGGCAGCUCUGGUCUCAAAGUGGUGCCAUUUGUACUUUUAAUGGUUUAGUGUGAAGUUAAACAGCCAUGUGUCAAACCAGUUCCUGCAAUAAAUCUUACAAAAAACACAAAUUUAAGUGCGUUUUGUCAAAAAAAAAAAAAAAAAAAAAAAAUACAACAGCUUCAUUUAGGACAACUUUAUUAUAUUGCCAAAGCUGUACAUAGUCUAUAAAUACCUUUUUUUUUUUUUUUUUACCUCCAAGUACUGGAAUACUUACACCUGGCAUCUCCUUACUGUUUCCCUCCCUUUCUCAGCCAGUGAGAACAAUAACAGAGAUGAAUUGUAAUAUUCCAGAUU